UCAUUGCUACCAAAUUAUUGAUAGCUAAAUUAGCUGCACUUAGAAUCAAUCCUUUAUGCAUUAUAUCACUACGUUACUACGGAGUACUUACUAGAUUUCAAGAUUCAAAAGAAGUAGCCCACCUGAAUUGGCUCCGACCCAUUAAUUUAAUUUCAAACACAUAUAUUAAUAUUGGGCUUAAUCCAUAUUUUGACCCGACCCGGCUCCACAUCAAAUUUUAAAAGGCCAACAUAGUUCUGGAAAUAAACAUGAAAACAUCUUUUCACUAUUUGCUUUAUCUCAAUCUCACAGCACUUUACUAGAAAUGUUAAACCCUUCUUCAACUGCCUAAAACCCUACCCAAAAAUAAUUAAUUUUUUAAAAAAUUCAAUCAAUGGGUUUGCAAUCCAUUUGUUGUUCUUUUGGAUCCCCGACGAUUCCUCAAUCCCACUCUGUAAAAAAUGUUCGUUCGACUGUGAUUAAUGCAGGGCACCGGAAGAUUCAGCUUAAUAAUCUUGCUGAAUCAUAUGCAAUCUCUAAUCUGAAAUGGGGGGUUAAGGAUUCUCUGUUGCCAAGAGUAAAGGAAGUCUCUAGGAUUUAUGCAUUACAUUCUGAUUCGAAUGAGAUAUUGGAAGUUCCCUCAAAGAGUAAUGCUAAUAUUCCUGAGGUGCAUUCUGAUUUGCCUGCGAAAUCAAAGCUUUCUUCUAAGUAUGACAGUGUUGAACCGUUUGGAGGGAAAUCGGGCUCGGUUUCGUUUUAUGGGUUAACUCACCAUGCUAUUGAAGAGAGCAAGCUGUCUUCAUCCCCAUAUAAGGAUGAUGGUGGUUCUGUGAUUUGGAUUCUUGCACCGCUUGUUCUGAUACUAUCUUUGAUACUCCCUCCAAUAAUAUUAUCAAAUGCAUUUGAUGGUGUUUUCAAGAAUGAGGCCCUUGCAGAGAUUGUUGGUAUCCUUUCUAGUGAAGCUGUGUUCUAUUCUGGUAUUGCAAUCUUCCUAUUAAUAACUGAUCGUAUCCAAAGGCCAUAUCUUCAAUUUAGUGCAAAACGAUGGAGCCUCAUAACCGGUCUGAAGGGACACCUAUCUACUUCUUUUUUUGCCAUGGGUCUGAAGGUAAUUGCUCCUAUAGCGGUAACUUACGCCACAUGGCCAGUGAUUGGCAUGAAUGCUGUUGUUGCAGUUACUCCCUUGCUAGUUGGUUAUCUGGCUCAGUAUGCACUUGAGGCUUUUAUUGAUAAACGAGGAUCAGCCUGUUGGCCUUUAGUUCCCAUUAUCUUCGAGGUUUAUAGGUUCUAUCAACUAACUAGAGCUAUAACUUACGUUGAGGGCUUGAGAUUUGUAAUGAGUGGGGUUGAGGCUACCCAAGAAGUGGUAGAGAGAAGCGGAGCUUUAGCAGCAGUGUCUGUGACCUUCUAUUUUGUCGCUCUGGUCUGUCUAUGGUCGUUAUUAACAUUUCUCUUGAGACUCUUUCCUUCAAGACCAGUCUCUGAAAAGUACUGAUCUUUCUUAUGCUGUAUAUGCGACUUUUUUUUCCCCUUUCCAACUCUAGUGUAAGCAAAUGCAGAAAUUUUCAGCUUAUGUACAUCACUGUCAAGGCAAUGUGUUGUAAAUGUCUUCGAAUUUACAGUAGAAAGUUGUGUGGCA